CCCCGUAGCCUCUAUUCACGAUUUUUAACCCUGCGCAGAUUUGUAUCACUUUACCCAUAGUUACCCCGACCAACUUGCCACCGCAUUUCCUAGAUGCGACUCAUGAUCGAGUACUACUACUGCUAUCUAAUACUACUACUGCUGCUUGCUUGUCUGAAACCCAACGAGCAGGCCAACAGACACGCACACCCCUCUGCUCUGUUUACUUUUUCCCUCCUCUGCAACCUGCAGCGCUCAAGGAACCUGUACCAAAUCCAUGGCGAUGGCUUGGGUUCUUCAGCGAUUACUACCCGAGCUCGUGCAGGUUGGAUCGCCGCCGGCGACUUUGCCCGGCCAUGGUGCCGCGGCCAGCAGUCUGUGGUGCUGCACAGGACCCAGUGGGUGCUGCAGACGCAAGCCGUACUGCAUCCCAGGCUCCAGCAACAACUUGACCAGUCCCUGACACGCACACGCCAGCACGUCGCAUAGUCGGGCAGGCUGAUCGAUGGCCAAGCAACGGCGGCAGGCCGGCUGCGACGUUCGUCGUCUGAUGCACGGACCAGACCGCGACCCAGAGAGGAGGGACUGGACCAAGCUUCCACCGGACAUUGCGGCGGAGAUCGCCGGCCGGCUGCUCGGCGUCGACAUGACGGAGUACAUCCGCUUCCGCUCGGUGUGCAAGCCGUGGCGGCAGUCCACGGAGGACCCGCGCAGCCUGCACAGCCGCUUCAUCCCCCACAACUGGGUCGUGCUCAUCAACUACCUGGAUUGCUUUCGCUGCAACUACGGCGAGGACGCGCGCAAGUUCCGGCUGCUCAACGUCGCCACGGGCGCCUCGCUCACCCACGUUGAGUUCCCGGAGCUCUCCGGCCACCACGCCAUGGGCUACGCCGAGGGCCUGCUUGUCCUGUGGAACAAGGCGACCUCCGGCAUCCGCCUCCUCAACCCGCUCACGCACGCGGUAACCGACCUCCCGGACUUCUCCUCCGUCGUGGCCGAGGCGUCCCCGGCAGCGCUGGACGGCGCGUACCACUUCAGGGGUUUCGGCGUCAUCGACGGUGGCCCCGGCGCGGCGGGGGCCUCCCCGCCCACGAUUGUGUUUUUCUUGGACGGGGAGGUCCCGAUGAUCGUCUGCAUCCGGCUCGGGGAACCGCGCUGGGCUCUCGUCAACACGAGCGAGCUUGACGGCGGCACGGGCCACAUCUCUUUCAGCUCCACGCUCUCGCUGCGCGGGCGCUUCUACAUGGCGACGUCCACCGGCGACGUUCUUACCGUGGAGCUCGACCCGGAGCCCCGGCUAGUGUACGUGAUCAGGCAGACAACCGCCGCCCCGAAGCCCACGACGACCACCGCGCCUCGGGCCACGAGGCCCUUCUUCGAGUUCUUCCUUUCCCCAUCUAGCAACGACCACGCCGGGAUGGUCAUGGUGCGCGCCAGCAGGGACCGUGGACAGGUCGAGGUGUUCCAGGUGGACGUCGACGCAGGAAAGCUCGUUCCAACCAGCACCGUGGGCGCUGACCGCGCGGUGUUCAUCGGUUCAACUCGGGCGCUGUCCAUCUCCACCAGGCUGUUUCCUUCUAUCGCUGCCAAUGCGGUGUACUUCUGCAUCGGAAGUAUAUCGAUGGACCUUCUGUUUUACAUUGUCCACCUCGACAAUGGAUGGGGUGAACCGGCGCGCCUGCCGUACUCCGACCAGGGGCAGGCGGUAGGGCCUUUCGUAGACCCGUGCAACCUCGACGUCUAUCUGGCUUGCUGCAUAGAUGUUGUGCAGGUCCUAAAAUGUAAACUUCCGUGUACAAGGAUGAAUAACAUUAAGCCUUAA